AUGGCUGCCAUCUACGCACAGUCUCGUCGCUCGUACCCAGACAAGCUCUACAUUACAAUCAUUAGCCCCCAUGCGGCGACAGCUCCAUCAUUCAGGACAGUAAUUGGAGUUGACCCCAGCCCAGAGAUGAAAAACACUGCUCGUCAAAUUGGGGGGAGGACCAAGCCAGAUCGCAUGAUUAAAUACGCCGUCGGCGCAGCAGAGGAGUUUUCUCAUUUAACCGAGGCUGAAGGAGGUGUCGAUCUUCUUAUCGCUGCUACGGCAGUAAGGCCCACUGGGUUUUCGAUGCCCAAGUUCUGGGCUGAGGCAGCCAAUAUCAUAAGGCCGAGGGGCACAGUUGCUCUAUGGACUUGCGCCUCGCUUUACUGCCGUAGUUAUGUACCAAUCUACCCAAAAUGCAGACGAAGUGCGAACACGCUUGAUCGCCAAGGGCAGGAGAUACUCAAGCCGUACAAACUCACCGGAAAUAGGCUAUCUGCUGAUCUCUACGACGAUCUACCCCUACCAUGGUCGGUGGAUCCCGCUGUGACGGCGUUCCCAGGAUCGGAUUUUGUGCGCGUUGAAUCGGAACGUGAUGGGAUUCCAUCUGAUGGGGAAAGUUUCUUCAUCGGCAAGGAUACUACGGUAGAUGAGCUUGAGCAGAAUCUUGGAACAGCCAGUAUGGUGACUCGUUGGAGGGAGGCGAAUCCGAUAGGAAACUCGUGUGUGCUCUUGUUGUUCAAGCGGUGUUAG